AUGCUGUCGGCCCGCGGCGAGCCCGAUGGACCGCAUCCUCGGCCUGGAGCUCGGCGCCGACGACUACCUCGCCAAGCCCUUCGAGCCGCGCGAGCUGCAGGCCCGCAUCAAGGCGCUGCUGCGCCGCCUGGAGCCCAAGCUCGACGGCGACGAGGUGCUGCGCUUCGGCCGCCUGGAGAUCGACCUCGCGGCCCGCGUGGCGCGCCUGGACGGCAAGAUCUGCGACCUGACCAGCCACCAGUUCGACCUGCUCGUCGUGCUGGCGCAAAGCCCGGGCCGCGUGCUCAGCCGCGACCAGAUCAUGGACGCGCUCAAGGGCCACCCGCUGGAAGGCCUUUCGACCGCUCCAUCGACGUGCACAUCUCGCGCAUCCGCGCCGUCAUCGAGGACGACCCCAAGAACCCGCGCCGCGUGCUGACCGUGCGCGGGGCCGGCUACGUCUUCGCGCGCAAGCAAGACGCCGACGCGGACGCCGCUUGA